AUAAUAGAAGUAGAAAAGACAAGACUGGUGGAGUAUUGGAUAGAGUUAACUACCAGUACCACUGGAGUACUAUAGCAUAUUGUGUAAAGGUUAACUUUAUCAAGAAGCCCGUCUCACCCUGUCCGUCUCACCGACCCUGUCUCAGUGCGUCUGUCUCAUCGUGUCUGUAUCGCUGUGUCUCUCUCAUCGUGUCUGUCUCGCUGUGUCUGUCUCACCGUGUCUGUCUAGCUGUGUGUUUCACCGUCAACGUGUCCCGGUUCUUCCUGGUGUCCGCUGUGUGAAGUCACUGCGGUUCCUGUCGUUCAGCUCUCCAGAUUCUUUAUGUAUUAUAUAUAAAUAUAUAUAUAUAUAAAGACCCUACCCGGACUGGAGGCUGAGGCACCACAACACAGGAAGAGGAGGGUGUUCAACCCGGAACUGAUCUCUGAUUCCGCCGGUCCCACCCCCUCUGAUGCUCUCCUCCUCCUCCUCCUCCUCCUCCUCCUUCUCCUCUCUGCGCUGUCACAUGACAGCAGUGGGGAACACAUCCUCUUGAGUCUCCUCCACCUUCUGUGUGAGUGUGUCAUCGGUAUUAAGGACCAUGGCGGAGCAGACCGACUACCGGGAGCCUGAGCCCGGCCGCGGAGAGGAAUUCUCACCGGAGGCAGAACCGCUCAACUCCAACGGACAGAACUCUCUGUUGGAAGAAGAAGAAGGAGAAGACCUCUUUACAGAGGCUACAGAGGAGGUUUCAUUGGACAGUCCAGAGCGGGACGUCCUACUGUCAGACGGCCCCUCCCCCGUCACCCCCCCUGCCUCCCUCAUCAGCCCCCACCUCCCCCACAACCACCUUUACAUGCACUGCUCCUUUGACGAGAUGGAGGAAGAGGACACUCCAGACCUGUUUGAUAUCAGCAUCCUGGUCUCUGAUCCUGAGAAAGUUGGUGAGGGGAUGAACGCCUACAUGGCCUACAAAGUCACCACUCAGACGUCCAUGUCCCUCUUCAAAAGCCCCCAGGCCACCGUCCGCCGGCGCUUCAGUGACUUCCUGGGUCUCCACGGGAAGCUGGCCACCAGGUACCUCCAUGUGGGCUACUUGGUGCCCCCGGCCCCCGAGAAGAGCAUCGUGGGGAUGACGAAGGUGAAGGUGGGGAAGGAUGACUCUUCGUCCAACGAGUUUGUCGAAAAAAGAAGAGCAGCGCUAGAAAGGUAUCUCAUGCGGACAGCCAAGCACCCGGUCCUGCUGAAAGACCCUGAUCUGCUGACGUUCCUGGAGUGUUCUGAGCUGCCCCGGGCGCUGUCCACCCAGGCCCUCAGUGGCGCCGGGAUCCUCCGCAUGGUCAACAAGGCCGCAGACGCCGUCAACAAGAUGACCAUCAAGAUGACGGAGUCAGACACUUGGUUUGAGGAGAAGCAGCAAAGGUUUGAGAACCUGGACAUCCAGCUAAGAAAACUCCACUGCAGCUUGGACUCCCUAGUCUGUCACCGCAAAGAGCUGUCCGUGAACACCGCCCUGUUUGCCAAGUCGGCGGCGAUGCUGGGGAACAGCGAGGACCACACGGCGCUGUCGCGGGCGCUGUCCCAGCUGGCCGAGGUGGAGGAGAAGGUGGAGCAGCUCCACCAGGACCAGGCCGGCGCAGACUUCUACCUGCUGGCCGAGCUGCUGGCCGACUACAUCCGACUCAUCGGCUCCGUCAAGGGGGUGUUUGACCAGCGGGUCCGGCUCUGGCAGAGGCUCCAGGACAGUCUUCUGCUACUGCAGAAGAAGCGCGAUGCCGAAGCUAAGAUACAUGCUAACAAACCAGAGAAGCUACAGCAGGCCCGUGAUGACAUCAGAGAGCUGGAAGGGAAGGUGCAGCAAGGAGAGAGAGACUUUGAACAAAUCUCUAAAACUAUUCGUAAGGAGCUGUUCAGGUUUGAGAAAGAGCGCGUGACUGACUUCAAGGAGGUCAUCAUUAAGUAUCUGGAGUCUCUGGUCCAGACUCAGCAGCAGCUCAUUAAAUACUGGGAGGCCUUCCUACCUGAAGCCAAAGCUAUCUCAUAGAAUCCUCCUGCUGCCAGGACCACAUUACCCACAAUGCACCUGUGCUCCCAGAAUCCCCUGCACUCUCCCGUUUACAUUGACCAGGACCAGAGUGGCUAUGUGGCUUCCUGCCAUCACCCGAAACCUGUAAAUUGUAAUAUUGAAUUUCAUUGAUUGUUAACAUGUAUCUUGAAUUCUAAGUUGCGAUCCUGUGAUGUCAUCAAAGGUGACAGCAUUCCUCUCGCCCAGGCCCCUGCUGGUGGUUAAGCCUCUUUCAGCUGUUCAUGUGUGACUGUGCUCUCAGUUUACCGAGGGUUCGUUGGCACACACGUUUUGAAGAAAUUUAAUCAAAGAAAAUAUUAGGAAUUAGCAUUCCUCAGUUAUCUAGUGAGUUAGCUAGCAG